CUGACAACUGUCAUAAUAGUGAUUUACGUCAACUAAGUUGGCAACAUAAAAUUUAGCCUUUUUCCGGCUCUCUGUGGCAUUGAAAGCCUAAAGAUGAAGCAAAUCGUUGCUAAUCAAAAAGUGAAAAUCCCCGAUGGGCUUACAGUCCAUGUGAAAUCUCGCCUUGUGACAGUAAAAGGCCCGCGAGGUGUUCUAAAGAGGAACUUCAAACACUUGGCUGUGGACAUUCGGAUGGUAAACCCCAGGUUACUUAAAGUGGAAAAAUGGUUCGGUUCCAAAAAAGAACUUGCAGCAGUACGAACUGUUUGCUCUCACGUUGAAAACAUGAUCAAAGGUGUAACUAAAGGAUUCCAAUACAAAAUGAGGGCUGUAUAUGCUCACUUCCCCAUCAACUGUGUCACCAUUGAAGCUAACACAGUUAUUGAAAUUCGUAACUUCUUGGGUGAAAAAUACAUCAGAAGGGUAAAGAUGGCUCCUGGUGUAACAGUAGUCAACUCCACUAAACAAAAGGAUGAGUUGAUCAUUGAAGGCAACUCCCUGGAGGAUGUUUCCAGUUCUGCAGCCCUUAUCCAACAGUCUACCACAGUUAAAAACAAGGACAUCAGAAAGUUCUUGGACGGUCUAUAUGUGUCUGAUAAAACAACUGUUGUUGUAGAUGAAGCGUAAGGGUAAUAAAUUUUAAGCCGUA